AUGCGGUUGAUUGAUGUUUAUCUUCCUUACUUGUUCUUCAAUUGCAUAGUGUUUGUUUUUGCACACAUAUUUGAUGAUAUGAAUACAAAAAAAUUGAUAUUAGCUGCAAAACAGGGAGGUGUUGAAAUGAAUAUGUUUUACUUUGAUCCUAAGAUUAUUGAUUGGGAUGAUCACUUCAUGAAUAUCCAUUUUCCUGGUAUCUUCAAGUAUGCAUUCAAGUGA